UUGGUGUCUAGACCCAUUUCCACUCUAAACGACAUUGCCUCUUAGAAAUUUACCUAUUUUCGGCUAUGGAAAACGACAAAAGCGAUUUAGACAUUCGAUAAUGGAUAACCCGAUAGCUCGAUUCAGUUGUAGAGGGGUUGUACAUGGAGAGAUUGGAGUUUAACACGAAAUGGUUCUCUACUGUUGCCAGCAUAUGGAUACAGUGCACCAGCGGCUCACUCUACACCUUCUCUAUCUACUCUCCGGCAAUCAAAUCCACGCAAGGCUAUGAUCAAUCAACAUUGGACACUGUUUCUGUUUUCAAAGAUAUUGGAGCUAACUGCGGUAUCCUUUCCGGCGUUCUUUACACCAAAGCCACGACCCAUCAACACGAGCCCACUUCGACGAUUACUAUUGGGCCAUGGGUGGUUCUCCUGGUUGGCGCAAUUCAGUGUUUCGCGGGAUAUUUUUUCAUGUGGGCCUCCGUUACCGGACUGAUUCCACCACCGCCGGUUGCUGUGAUGUGUUUAUUCAUGUUUGUGGCGGCGCAUGCCCAGAGUUUCUUUAACACUGCUAACGUUGUCACUUCUGUACGCAAUUUCCCCACCUAUAGUGGCACUGCCGUUGGCAUAAUGAAGGGAUUUCUUGGUUUGAGUGGAGCAAUGUUAAUACAAGUUUAUCAAACAGUAUUCAACAACAAACCUAAUUCAUACCUCUUGCUGCUAGCCCUGUUGCCCAGCAUCAAUCCGAUGAUACUGAUGUGGUUUGUUAUAAUUCAUAAUGUGAGUGAAGAAGAUGAAAAGAAGUACCUUGACAUUUUCUCAUUGAUUGCAUUGGUUCUUGCUGCUUACCUUAUGAUCAUUAUAAUACUGGAACAUAUGUUCAGUUUCCAAUUUCCAGUGCGUGUCAUUGCAUUUGUCCUGCUCAUGGUAUUGCUUGUUUCGCCUAUUUUUGUUGCAAUCAGAGCCCAGGAAAGGAAUUCUGAUAUUGUUUCUGAGAGGAAUCAAUUCUUGGAUGAGUCUAAGGUACUUGCAAGACAUUAUCCUACUGGGUAUCAGAGUUUGCCUAGUGGCAGUGGAUGUGAUAGCAGUGUCAAUGAAAAGAAUUCUUUGGAUAAUGUGGAAGGCCUGAAUCUCUUCAAAGCUGUGCAAACAGUUGAUUUCUGGAUUUUAUUUCUUGCUAUGGCUUGUGGUAUGGGUUCAGGACUUGCCACAGUGAAUAAUAUGAGUCAAGUUGGAGGAUCUCUUGGUUAUGGAGGCUUUGAGACUAAUACCUUAGUUUCUUUGUGGAGCAUUUGGAAUUUUCUCGGCCGAUUUGGAGCUGGUUAUAUAUCUGAUUAUUUCUUACUCACUAGAGGUUGGGCAAGGCCAUCAUUCAUGGUCAUCACUCUUGCAGGCAUGACCAUUGGUCAUGUGGUGAUUGCUUCUGGUUUGCCUGGUGCUCUCUAUGCUGGUUCAGUUUUGGUUGGUGUUUGUUAUGGUUCUCAAUGGUCACUGAUGCCAACAAUUGCUUCAGAGAUAUUUGGGGUAGCACAUAUGGGCACCAUAUUCAACACCAUUACGAUUGCUAGCCCUGUUGGAUCUUACAUAUUCUCUGUAAAAGUGGUUGGCUACAUCUACGACAGAGAAGCAUCAGGAGAAGGGAGCUCAUGUUCUGGAACCCAUUGUUUCAUGUUAUCUUUUCUGAUCAUGGCAUCAGCUACAUUUCUGGGGUCUCUUGCUGCUUUAGGAUUGUUCUUUCGGACAAAAAGUUUCUAUGAUCGGAUUGUACUCGGAAGAUUACGAUGUUCCACGAGAGAGUAAAUUAUAAAGAUCAUAAGAGAUUUUUACUAUAUAGUAAGACUGGUAUUUCUCUCCCGUUCAUUAACUGCUGCUCUUCACCGUGAUAUACGAAAUAUGUUUAUGUAGCAACUAAUCUGCUUGAAGGCCAAAGAAUGGUGCUGAUGAAGCUUCUAUUUGUUUUUUUUUUUUUUUCUUUGAAAUAAAAAAAGGGCAUGUUUGUAUUUUUCUUGGUAGAUGUACAAUAUAGUGCUUGUAAAUAUAUAUUUUUUAUACAAUAGCAGCUUUGUUGGUGAAAAAAUA